GGCUUCAGUACAACUCGAACGCUCAUUGAAAAUGGUCUGCAGGCCGCGCAUGCGCCAAGUCCCGAUACCGAUUCGAAACAUAAACAAAAAAUACAAAUCAAAAUCAAAACCGAAAAUCAACUUAAAGCCCGAGGCCCCAGCGCCAGUCGCGUGCUCGCAUUUUGCGUCCAUUUAAUUUUUUUUCCUAUUUUUUUUCAUAAUACAAUUUGUUGUUGUUGUUGUUGUGCUGUGUGUGAAUUUUGUUGUGUGUGCGGCACCGCCUCGAAAAGUUGUGAAAAAAAGAGAGCAAUUCGAUUUGAUAUUGGAUUGGGGAUUUUUCGGUUUUUACAUUGGAUCGAAGCGGCUGAGGAGCGGCAGAGAAGCAACAGAGGAGCGGCAGAGUAACGGAUUGGCUACCAAUCGAUCGAUUGAUCGAAGCGGCCGAGGAGAGCAAGCAUCGGACAAGCAUCGAAUAUUGAAAAUCUCCGCGUAGCCUGACAACAUGCCACAAGCUGCAAGCUGCAACGCGUGCCUUUUGGCACUGUGCCUGCUCCUGUGUGGUGUUGGGGCACUGCCCAACAUUCAGGGCAACAUUGCCAGUGCCAGCAAGGGGGCCAACUAUCUGCAGCAGCAGCUGGACAAGAGCUUCUUUCAGCCGCCAGAGAUUGAGCAGACGAUCGAUGAGGUGCAACAAAUAUUGGCCAAUGAUCCGGCGCUGCCACGACUGACACGCGGCGAGAUCGAGGAGCUGUACGAGAAGGUGACACGCGAGGAGUACGAGAAGAGCAUCGAGGCGGGGGACAUGAGCCGGGCGGACAGCAUGCGUGCCCUGAUGCUCGUGCUGCCCUUCAACACGGACAACAACACCGAGGAGAAUCUGCAGGAGCUGUACACCCGUCCACCCGUCACGCGGGUCAUCGAUGCGUACACGCCCCCCGACCCAAUUAAGUUCCUCACACCCGACCCGAAUGCCCUGCCACGCAGCACGGUGCCCGGCGGCAAUCCCCGUGUGGCAGCCACCACCUACAAGCCGGCCUAUGCCGGAGCACAUCUCUAUCCCGCUCAGUCGCAGAUCAAACAGCAGCAGCAGCAGUUCCGUCCAAUGCCCUCGGCCACCACUUACCAUCCACCGGCACCGCCUCCAGUUAUGUACCAGGACUUCCAGCCGGUGAUUUCCACACCAGCCGCGGCCGCAGCCGCAGCUCCGCCGGGCGUUGGCUCCGGCUCGCAGCGUUUCAGCUCCCAUUACAGCGCUAAGAAUGCGCAGUUCCUGCGCAAGCGGAAGCCCACAUCGAGCACGGUGAAGCCCGUGGCGGACAUACUCGAGAGUCUGGGCAUUGUGUCCGGCCACCACGUGAGGGAGGGGGACGCGACCCACAAGCGGUAUGCCAUGGACGACUACUAUCCCGCGGAGAGCGCACCACAGCCCUCGGUGGUGGCGGUGGCGGAUCUGCGCGGCCUGCAGGGUGCCCGCAUCCGACCCGAUGCCUACUCCAACUUCAAGCCCCUCAACAUUGGCGAAGAGCUGCGCGCCAAGCCCGAGGUGGAGGGCUAUCUCACGCGCUUUGGCAUCGUCAAGAAGGCACCCAAGUCCCUGAAGAAGAGUGCCGCGCCCACGGAGGAGCCGGCGGGUGCCCACACGGAGCUCUCAACGGCCACGGCACGUCUGCCGCCCCAGACCAAUGCGGAGCUGGCCAAGCUGCUGGAGAAUCUGCAGGAGCUGGAGCGGCUACAGACGCAGCCGAAAAGGAAACAGGCAACACCCAGCAGCACCACCACCAGCACCAGCACCACGACAACGACAUCAACGACAACAACGACAGCAGCGCCAGUGCAGCUCAUUACCCAUGGGGAGCCGCUGCUCAUUGAGGCCAAGAAGCCCCGGAGACGCAUCGAUCCCAAUAUUGACAUUAAUUUUGCGAAUGCCGGCAACCAGCAGGCAACGGGCAGCCGCAACGAUGAGUUGUCGAAGCUGCUGCAGAAUCUCCAGGAGCUGGAGAAGCUGAAGAUCAAUCCAGAGAAUGUGCUGAAGGCAACCAGCAGCAGCAGCAGCAGCAGCAACAAUCCGGGUGUGCAGGCACUCAGCAAUCGUUUCUCUUCGACAUCCAGCAGCACCAGCACAACGACUCCAUCGCCUCCUCCCACGCCACGAACUACACCAGCCAGCGGUGAGCGCGAUCUGCAGUUGAUCUUGCGACAGCUGCAGCAGCUGGAGCGAAUGAGAACGCCAACGACCAGCAGCACCACCGUGAAGCCUAGACCAGGCUUAGAUAUGGGUUUGGGUUUGGGUUUGGGCCUUGGCCUCAAUCAGGGCCAAAAUUCUUUGGGCGCCGCAGAUCUGCUACAGCUGCAGCGUCUCCUCAGCGACGAUCGGGAGCUGGAGAAGCUCUACGAGCAGGCAAGAAGCACCAAAAGGAAGCAACCAAAGAGCACCACCACGAGCACAACGAGCACAACGAGCACCACCACAACACCGAGAAGCACCACCACCAGCAAGGCAGCAGCGGUGGAUCAUGCACAGUUCGAGGCGCUAAUCACGAGGGUCCAGCAGCUGGAGCAACUGCAGCAGCCAAAGCCAACGACCCCGAACUUUCUCACCCGAAAUGUGGCCGGAUCGGAGGCAAUUGCAGGAGAAGCAAACCGAAACCUUGGGGACCUUGGCCCGGCGCUGCCCAGCAACGACUUUGCUCAGCUGCAGCGGCUGUCAGCCACCACGACGACGCCGUUUGCACAGGUGGAGAUCUCCACGGCAGCCUCCACAGCCAAACAGCGACCGCUGAGCAACUUUGAGCGGAGCAAUGGACUGCUGCAGGAGGUGCAGCCGCAGGACUACGUGCAGCUGCAGAAGCUGCUCAGCAAGGUGCAGGAGCUGGAGCGAGUCCAGCUGCAAACGGUCCAGCACCAGCCGCAGCCACAGCUAGCCACAGCCGCCUCUGUGCGCACACCGAACGUCAAGAGUCUGAAUGGAGCGCACAUCGUCUAUGCCCAGUCCGUGGCGGAGCAGGAGCCGGAACUGGAGCCGGAGCCGGAGCUGAAGCUGGACCUGCCAGUGUACCAGAAGCCAGCAGCAGGCACAGCUCAGCAGAGCUCCAGCGAGGAGCUGCGCGAGUUGGCCAUGUCACAGCCGGCACAUCCGCAGAGGGGAUCCCCCACUGACCAGGACUUUGGCCAGCAAUUUCAGCAGUUCUUUGGCGGCCUGGAGGACACGGGCGAGCGGCAGAGCUACCAUCACAUGCAGCCCAUCUACAAGACGCCCACACCACUGCCGGUGAGUCCAGCAGCGCCGAGAUUUGUGCCCGCAAGGAGAUCCCAUCCGACGACACCCGGCCCCCGGCAGGCGGAUCUCGAGGAGCUGCAGAAGCUGCUGUACAACACCCAGCAGCUGCAGAAGCUCGGCGUGGCCCUGCCCCAUGAGCUGUCCCAGCAGCUCGAGAGUCAGCUGCAGUCCACGACGACAACAACGACGACCACGACGACACCAGCACCACAGCAGACAGUGGACUCCUCCUCGCCGGCUGUGUUCUCGCUGACAACGAUCAAGCCAGCCUCGCCGCGGCCACGACGCCCAGCGACUCACACGACGGAGAGCAGCCUGGAGCUGCCGGUGUUCAGUGCCACAAAAAUCAUUGAGGCAGCCAUCAAGCGAGCGGCCAACCGGAUUGGUGUGUCCACAGAGCAGCCAAGGCCACCGGGCAUGGGCAUGGGACAGGGAUUUCGACGACGCAGCGACGAUGAGGAUGCUGCGGCUGAAGAUAUGGACACGGAUGAGGGUGUCCUCGAUGGGGACCUCAUGGCCGAGUUCAGCGAACUCAACUAUCAACUGGCAAAGCCGGAGCAGGUGGCACAGCCAGAGAAGCGAGAGACGACGAACCUCAGCGAAUUGCAGCGUUUGAUCAGCAAUCUGCAGGAGCUGCAGCAGCUCAAUGUGAGCCUCGAUAAGGUGGAGGCACAGCCACAGCCACAGGUACAGGUACAGUCCCAAUCCCAGGAUGCCGCCUACCUGCAGACGCUGCAGAAUGGCCAAAACAAUGAGACCCUCAAGUCGAGGCGUCAAAGUGAUGCCAGCACCAGCACAGAGAAAGUAGAGGAGACCAGCACCAGCACCCAAGCACCCACACGGAUAAGCCUGAGUCUGGGAUUGGACGAUGGCGACAUGGACACUGGCGCUGCCACCAUGGAGUCAUCAUCCGUUCAGCCAGCCGCUGGGGAGUCUGAGAACAGCUCCACGGAGGAGUCACGCAAUGGUUCGCUCGAUGAUCUGGCGGACUCGUUUGGGCCGGAUCCCGUCACCGAGGAUCCGCCGCCAGCUAAGAAAAAGAACGGCUUCUAUUUCCUGGCCGACUGGAACUCCUUCCUUGAGGUUGGCGCUGGCGAUGAUCAAGUUGUGGUGCGCCUCAGUCCCAAGAUUGGAGAUCCGCGACUCUUUCUACCCGUCAAGAUUCCCUAGACUCCUAGACAGGAACAAAAACAAACACAAAGAAAAAGAAAAUUAACAUACAAAUAUAUGUAAAUAUG